AUGGCACAAGCAAAGGAAGACCCCUCUACCUUGACGCAAGAGAAAAUCGUCGAGAACCUAGACCCUGUCGAAUGGGAGCGACUAUCGCGAGUGCGAAACAUCGGCAUCGCAGCACACAUCGACUCCGGCAAGACCACCGCCACCGAACGCGUCCUCUUCUACACCGGCCGAAUCAACGCCAUACACGAGGUACGCGGCAAAGAUGCUGUGGGUGCCAAGAUGGAUUCUAUGGAUCUCGAGCGUGAGAAGGGCAUCACUAUCCAGUCUGCUGCGACCUUCUGUGACUGGAUCAAGAAGGACGAUGAAGGAAAGGACCAGAAAUACCACAUCAACUUGAUUGACACCCCCGGUCAUAUCGACUUUACAAUCGAGGUAGAGAGAGCACUGCGAGUCCUUGAUGGAGCCGUCAUGAUCCUGUGUGCCGUCAGCGGAGUGCAAAGUCAGACCAUCACAGUCGACAGGCAGAUGAGGCGGUACAACAUUCCAAGGAUUUCCUUCGUGAAUAAGAUGGAUCGUAUGGGAGCCAACCCGUGGAAGGCUGUCGAGCAGAUCAACCAGAAGCUUCGCAUACCGGCUGCGGCUCUCCAAGUACCCAUCGGCCGCGAGGAUGGCUUUUUGGGUGUUGUGGAUCUGGUCAGGAUGAAGGCGAUUUACAACGAAGGACCCAAGGGCGAGACCAUUAGGGAGACCGACGAGAUACCUGCGGAUAUUGUUGAGCUCUGCAAGGAAAAGAGGCAGAAACUCAUCGAAACACUUGCAGAUGUCGACGAUGAGAUCGCAGAGCUUUUCUUGGACGAGCAGGAACCGACAAUUCACCAGAUCAAGGCUGCGAUUCGACGAGCUACCAUCUCCCUCAAGUUCACCCCGGUUAUGAUGGGCUCCGCGCUUGCAGACAAAUCCGUCCAACCAAUGCUCGACGCUGUUUGCGACUACCUACCAAACCCCUCCGAAGUCGAGAACAUGGCACUGGACAAGAAGCGAGCAGAAGCACCGGUCAAGCUGGUAUCAUACAACUCUUUGCCAUUUGUCGGUCUGGCUUUCAAGCUAGAAGAGAGUAGUUUUGGACAAUUGACAUACAUCCGUGUGUACCAGGGUACGCUCAGAAAGGGAAUGAAUGUAUUCAACGCGAGGUCAGACAAGAAGGUCAGGAUACCGAAGAUUGUGCGCAUGCACUCCAACGACAUGGAGGAAAUCCAGGAAAUUGGUGCUGGAGAAAUCUGUGCCGUGUUCGGUGUUGACUGCGCGUCUGGAGAUACCUUCACUGACGGUAAUCUUGGAUACACCAUGGUAAGACUUUAA